UUUUGGCGGAGCGAAGAACGGUGAACAGACGGAGGAAGAGAUGUCUGGGUUCUCGAGCUCGAUUUCUUCCAGAAACAGGACAAUCUCUCUUCUGCGUUACUGUUCGUCGAAGUUCAGAUGUUUCUCUUACAUGGGUUCCUCUUUCAACCCCAGAAAACAGUCGAAACAUGAUGAUUCUGCCGUUCGCGAAGCGUUUGGUGUCUCCGGGUUUGAUAUGGAGAAGAGCAUAUAUACCAUUCUUACAAUUGAUCGUUGGGAUUCACUGAACCACAUGGACUACAGACAGGCUCGUCUUAGACCAGUUCACGGGAGACUGGCCUUAAAGCUUUUGAACUGGGCAGUCAAGCAGCCUGGUUUGGAGCUAAACCACCUUGUUCACUUGUUUUCUAUUACUGCCCAUAUUCUUGUCAGAGCUAGAAUGUAUGAACCUGCAAGGCGCAUCUUGAGGGAAUUAUCUCAGAUGGGUAACGAGUCAGGCUCUGUUUUUGGUGCUUUGAUGACAUCAUACCGACUUUGCAAUUCAAACCCUUCAGUUUUUGAUCUCUUGAUUAGAGUUUAUCUGAAAGAAGGGAUGAUUAAGGGAUCUUUAGAAAUAUUUCGAUUGAUGGGUCUUUACAGGUUCAAUCCUUCUGUAUAUACUUGCAAUUCAAUGCUAGGCGCCAUUGUAAAGAAUGAGGGAGCUGAGUCUGUUUGGUUGAUCUUGAAGGAAAUGCUUGGGAGGAAUAUUUGUCCCAAUGUGGCUACAUUCAAUAUAAUGAUUAAUGUACUCUGUGAAGAAGGAAGGUUUAAGAAAGCUUGUUAUCUCUUGAAAAAGAUGGAGGAGAGUGGUUAUGGCCCAACUAUUGUUACAUAUAAUACGGUCCUCAAUUGGUACUGUAAAAAAGGGAGAUAUAAAGCAGCUAUUGACCUUAUUGAUCAUAUGGGGUCAAAAGGGGUGGAAGCUGAUGCCUGUACCUAUAAUAUGCUCAUUGACGACUUGUGCAGAAACAACAGAAGUGGCAAAGGUUAUUUAUUGCUGAGAAACAUGAGAAAGAAGAUGAUUGACCCCAAUGAAGUCACGUAUAACACGCUGAUAAAUGGCUUUGCCAAGGAAGGAAAAGUUACCAUUGCUGGACAACUUGUGGAUGAGAUGUUGGCGUUUGGACUUUACCCCAAUCAUGUUACUUAUAAUGCUUUGAUAGAUGGGUAUUGUAGUCAAGGUGACUUUAAGGAUGCUUUAAAGAUUUUUUAUUUGAUGGAAGCACGAGGGCUUAGACCUACUGAGGUUAGCUAUGGAGUUCUUUUAGAUGGGUUAUGCAAGCAUGCCGAAUUCAAACUAGCUAGAGGCCUUUACAUGAGAAUGAGGAAAGAUGGGAUGUUUGUUGGUCGAAUAACAUACACGGGAAUGAUUGAUGGUUUAUGUAAAAACGGGUUUUUGGAUGAAGCUGUUGAGAUGCUUAAUGAAAUGGGUAAAGAUGGUAUUCAUCCUGACAUCAUCACAUACUCUGCACUGAUAAAUGGAUUUUGCACAGUGGGGAGGAUUGGAGCUGCAAUGGAGGUUAUAUGUAGGAUUUACCGAGCUGGUCUUACUCCGAAUGGCAUCAUAUACUCAACAAUGAUAUACAAUUGUUGCAAGAUGGGAAAAUUGAGGGAAGCCAUGAGGAUUUAUGCAGCUAUGAAUAUCGAGGGUCAUAAUUCAGAUCAUUUCACGUGUAAUGUACUUGUUGAUUCACUUUGUAAAGCUGGGAAAGUUAAGGAGGCAGAAGGAUUUAUGCAUCACAUGAGAAGUGUUGGUGUUCUUCCCAACUCAGUUACCUUUGAUUGUAUUAUCAGUGGUUAUGGAAGCUUGGGUGAUUCGUUAAAAGCAUUCUCUGUAUUUGAUGAGAUGACCAACUUAGGCCAUCAACCGACUUUUUUCACGUAUGGUAGCUUGCUCAAGGGAUUAUGCAAAGGUGGGCAUUUAAGAGAAGCAGAGAAGUUUCUGCGUAACCUCCACAAUAUUCCUGCAGCUGUAGAUACUGUCAUGUACAAUACACUGCUCACUGAAAUGUGUAAAUCAGGGAAUUUACUGAAGUCUGUUUCUCUCUUUGGUGAGAUGGUGCAGCGAAACAUUUUUCCUGAUAAUUAUACAUACACCACUCUUAUCUCGGGGUUGUGUAGGAAGGACAAGACAGUUAUUGCGAUACUUUUUGCAGAGAAAGCUGUUGCUAGAGGUAGUUUACUUCCCAACAAGGUGAUGUAUACCUGUUUGCUAAACAGUAUGUUCAGGGCUGGCCUGUGCAAGGCUGGAUUUUAUUUUCAAGAACAAAUGGAGAAAAAUGGUCUUAGUCCUGAUACUGUCACAUCAAAUGCAAUGGUAGAUGGUUACUCGAGAAUGGGAAAAAUAGAGAAGGCUAGUUACCUCUUUUCUGAGAUGGUGAACCGAAAUUUGUAUCCUAAUCUGAUUACCUAUAAUAUUCUCUUGCAUGGGUAUUCAAAGAAGAAAGACAUGUCAGCAAGCUUUAUGCUCUACAGAUCCAUGAUUUUGAAUGGCAUUUCGCUUGACAAGUUCACAUGCCAUUCUCUCAUUCUUGGGCUUUGUGUGUCUGGCCUCUUGGAUAUUGGUGUUAAAAUGUUGAAAGCAUUUGUAUGCCGAGGUAUCGAAGUUGACAGGUGCACGUUGAACAUGCUAAUCUCCAAGUGUUGUAUAAACGGAGAGAUCAGUAAGGCGUUUGAUCUAGCUAAGGUCAUGAUGUUAUUGGGAAUAUCCCCUGAUGGAAAUACCUUUGGAGCUAUUGUGACUGGACUUAUAAGGAACCAUUCAUUCCACGAAUCUCGUGUACUUAUGCACAGAAUGUUGGAAAAAGGUUUUGUUCCUGAGCUUACCAAGUUCAUAGCUUUGCUUAAUGGUCUUUGUAGAGUGGGAGAUAUAAGGACUGCUUUUGAGCUGAAGGAUGAGAUGGUUGCUCUUAAGGUAUGUACCCAUCAUGUAGCUGAGAGUGCUGUGGUGAGAGCUCUUGCAAAAUGCGGCAAAACUGAGGAAGCCAUGCUGGUGCUUCAGUCUAUGCUGAGAAAGAAUCUUGUUCCAACUAUAGCUAGUUUCACUACUCUAUUGCACAUGUUCAUCAAGAAUGGUGAUGCUACAGAGGCUCUGAAGUUGAGGGAUGUCAUGUGUAAUCAUAAGGUGAAGUUUGAUCUCGUUUCGUAUAACGUAUUGAUAUCAGGCCUUUGUGCUGGAGGUGAUGUGGAAGCUGCAUUUGAACUCUAUGAAGAGAUGAAACGAGGUCGCUUCUUAGCCAACGUGACUACCUACAAAGCUCUAAUCAGUGGUGCCUUUCUCUCGCGAAGAAAUGUUUCUGCUAAGACGGAUAUCAUUUUGAAGGAUUUAGCGGCGAGGGGAUUCAUUAACUCCUCCAACUUUUCUCAAGAAUCGCAAAAGAACUUGACAAUGGCCAUGGAGAAGCUGAAGGCCAUACAGCAGAGCAAGAGGAGAUAAGAAUUACAACAGUCUGAAAGGGAUAUAUAAUCUGAUCCACUUCUCAAAGUGAAGAAGGAUAUCUUUUUUCAUUUCAGCUCAAGGACAUGUUGCUUCCUAACUAGGUGCAGUUGCAGCUUCGCACUUAAUUCUCCAUGAAUAGCUUAUAACAGGAGACAGGAUAUUGGCUUUGAUUAAAGCCAAACCCAAAAGAAACCGGAACGAUGGUGGCCCGAGACACGGAAUAACCGCAAGUUGGAUGGCGAACCCGCAAGACGAUGAACAGGGUCUUGAUAGCUGUAGCCAUGUUGGCAUUACAUGUGCUGAAUCAUCUGGAAUCAGUCUGGAUUUGAUCAACUUCUCUCCCUCACGUAGCUGUCAUGUUCCAUACCCCGUAGCCUUUUCUUCUGUGAAAAACUUUCUUACCGAUCAUAUCGAUCUUCAACUCUUGGCCUUAUUCAAAUUCCUCACUGGUUUCGUCUUCGGCAUUUCAGGAACACUGGCAUUUCCUGCAAAGUCUCGUUCCCACCAAAUUCCUGGCGAAUUUUCCAGGGAAAGUCUGACUGUUUUCCAGGAAAAUGGGGUUGCCAGUGGGGGACCAGAGAGCAGCAAUGGAAGCUCUGGCGAAUGGAGAGAAGAAAACCAUGGUGAGAUCUCUGUAUUGGGUGAGGAUCUCUGUCGGAAGAGACACGCACGAGAACUGGCAUGAUCGGAUCGUGUCCAAUCGAUCGAAGUAUAAUAUCCACGUGCGUGGAACACAGAAUCUAGCACUUCCUCUGUUGCAUAACUGGUUUUGUCCCCAUCAUUCAGCUCAGUUCCCACUCGUGAGCCUCCACGUGUAUAUAUAUAUAUAUAUUUAUAUGUUCACUA